GAACAUCCAUCCAUCUAAACUUUCGCAUUUAUAAGUAAGAUAGAUUAAGAAAUAAAUUUGAUAUAUAAAAUUCCAGUAAUUACUCUAGCUACCAAACCGAGAAGUGUAAACCUCGCUUUAGAGACGACAUUUGAAUUCAAUAAUAAACAAGAUGUGUCGAUUAUACAAAAAGUACGCAAUUUCCUUAAUAAAAUAGAAAAUGCCGUUGACACGAAGUUAGCUAAACGAAACGGAGAGACGACGGAAUUCACAGAUUUCUUACAAGAUCUAAUAUCAACAAUAAAUACGUAUGAGGAUGAUGAUUUUAAACAAGUAUUUAGAGUGUUAGACGAUGUUGUACAUAAUUUUAAAACUAAAGAUAAUAAAUUUAAUGAAAUAUACAAUAAUAGAUUGAAAUAUCAUCUAUCAGAUAUGUUGAAGAAAAUACAUAAAGCACCAGCUAAAUUUCUAAGAACUCAAUUGAAGAGGAACAUAAGAGUGAUGAAAAGAAAGGAUGUAAAUAUUGAUUUUUUGAAAUUUUUAAAUAUGAUCUAUAAGAAAAAAUCAAAUAUAUUGAAACAGACUUUGGAUAAUUUUAAAAAUUACGGUAAAAAAACACGAACAUCAGAUGUUAGUUUGAAUUUGAGAGAUAUAAUACAGAAGGCUGUGAAAUCAUUAGUCAACGAUAGAUAUACCAAUUUGAAUGAAGGUUCACAAAGAGACGUUCAAACGUGGAUAAAAACAUUAACGAAAAAUCCUGAACAUGAUGAAAUCAAUCAAAAGGAAAUAACAUCAAAAAAAACUUAUAAAAAGAAGAAACAUGUGAACAUAAAAAAAUAUUCGUUCGUAACAUUAUAUCCGGAAAUGAUUACUUACAAUAUAAAAUAUUUAGAUGAAACGACUAGAAUGAAAAAGGAAAAAUAUCUUAAAGACAAAUAUGAAAUUAAAGAAUUCAAACCAGUUUUUAACGACAACAGUUCUAGUUUGGAAUACAGCUGGCAAACUCGACCAACACAAAAGUAUGUAAAAUAUUUUAUUACCAGCUAUUGGUUAUUAGUAAUGUUAGGAACAAAAUUAAUACCGUGCUGUAGAGUUGGCGCAACUCUAUAUUAUCUGCAUAAACGUCAUGUCCCUAGCUGACAGCUGUCAAUGUCACUAGAAGUAUGGAUAGAUUUGUCGCGCAUCCUAAGUCUGGCGAGAAGUAUUACUCUGAGUUUAAAGCGACAGUAUCAAUUAAAUAAGUUGUCUAAUAGUAAUUAGAUUAAUUUUAGGAGGUAAUACAGUAAUUUGUGAUAAUUUUAACCCCUAUAUGCAUUAUACAAAAGUUAUUUAACAUGCCACUUCAAAAAUGUUUGACGUUUAAGAGAUAAAAAAAUCAAGAUUACUCGGAAAUGGGUGACUUUUGUAUAAUGCAUAUACUGGUCAUUAUCACAAAUGAUCCCAACUACCUCCUAAAAUACGACUAAUUACCAAUAAACUUGUGUAGAGGAAGUUUGAAAGUAGUGCUAGUGGUAGAGAAAUUGAGAAGCAAAAGGUUAGCAUGACAAGAAAGAAUAAAGAUUGAAUGUGGCUACAAAGGUAGAGGAAAACUUAAUGUAUGUAUGGAUUGUAUGAAAGAUAUCCUCAAGGGAGUGAAUUCAGAUAUGACCGUUGAUAUAGAUGUAUGGAAGCAAAUUUUUUUUGCCCGAGGGAAAUGCAUCUUACGCAUACUCCUGCAGGGGGGGGGGCAGUAGUUAUGUGGGACUUUCCCCCCUAUAAUUGGGGGGCAUACCCACUAAACCCCUCCGUUCCUCCAACGCCUUAAGCCGAGGCUGCGGGCACGCUUUCGCUUACGUCCGCGUCCAAUGGAAGCACAUACUGUACCUACCGUCCUUAGGGACAAGGCCAAGUUGAUGGAUGAAAGAGUAUGUAUGUAUGCUUUUUAAUGCUUUAUUUACAAACAAGUAAUUAAGUCGAUUACAACUAUACAAGAAGUCGGUCAAAAAGGCUUGAAGCCUAACCUUUCCAUUCCUACUUUUAUAAUGAAUGUAUGGGAAGAAGAACUUGACUUAUCGUGGGAUGGGACGCAUAGGAAAAGAGUAACACCAUUCUGGCAGACAAUACCUAAAUCGGUGAAAAUGAGAUAUCCGAAAAAUAAACCGUUCGGUAUAUACAAUAAUCCGUAUAAAUUUCAACUACCGUAUAUGCUUAGAAGAACUGAAUUAGACGAAUCAAAUGGUACGAAAAACGAAACGUGUCCGAAAGAAAUUAUGUCCGCGAAUUAUCUGUCAAAGAUAAAAAAACUCGAAGAGGAGUUACAAAGAGUAAGGGAACAAUUGAAAGCAAAAGUUACCACAUUAAAAAAAGACGGCGAUACAGAUAAUGUACAGAAUAAAAAUAACGAAUUAUACUUCAGAGUAUCAGAUUUAUCGUCACCGGUGACUAUAAAAGAUGUAACGAAUAGACCGACAAUGAUCGAAUUUAAGUCGAUAUUAAUAAAUAAUACGAUAGAAAAUAAAACUAAUGACAGUGAGGAAGUUUCUCAUGAAUCGAGAGAAAUGUCAUUCGAUUUACCAUACAAUAUGACGUUCAUAGAUCAUAGAAAUCAUUCAAUUUAUAUAACAAAUCAAACGUCUAUGGAAUUAUUCUCACCAGAGACAACGUUGGUUGUGAAAAAUGUCACAAUGAAACCAAUAAAUAAACCAUUAGCUAUAACAACUAAUUUAACUGAUGUAGAAGAUACGACGAUAUAUUUUAAAAAAAUUAAUAAUACCAGCCAUGAAGCUAUAGAUCAUUAAAUAAAAAAAAAAACUAUUUUU